CAGAGUUUUUGUGGUGUCAAAAAUUCCUGUUGGCCCGAUGUUAUAAAGGUGCAAAAUCAAUAAUCUCUGAUUGUAUCCACAAAACAUAUGCGCUGAUAGCAACCUGAUGGAUUCGGCGAAAAGAUAAAAUAUUCGAAACUAUGUCGGACUGUCUGUAAUAUGUUGUUACAUCUCUACUUGUUUCCAUGGUUGCCUAAGUGUAGUGAUUUGUCCUUGUUUUGACAGUCAUUAGGCCACCUCAUCCAACCUCAUAUAUUCUCAAAAAAAAUCUGUAAAUUUCUAUUUUACUCAUAGUGAAAGUGAAAUAACUAAGAAAAUGGAACGUUUUCAUAAAUACGCUUUAUUAGUCUUAAGUACUGUUGCGGCAGUAAAUUGUAUAAUGUGGAAUUUAGAACCAAACACACAGAAAUGCUUGAGAGAAGAAUUACAGCAAAAUGUGCCCGUCAUAGGAGAAUUCGAAGUAUCCGAGGCCCCCAGACAAUCUGUAGAUUAUGUUGUAACAGAUUCCAAGGGCCAUAUUCUAGCUAAACGACAAGAUAUAUCCAAAGGGAAAUUUUCGUUUAACACAGAAAGUUACGAUACAUACGAAAUAUGUUUCACAUCUCAUGUCUCGCCACAUGAAAAGGGGAUUACACAAGAGGUGAAGCUAGUUACCAAGCAUGGUAUUGAAACAAAAAAUUAUGAUGCUUAUGGUGAAGCAGCUCAUCUCAAACCCAUAGAAAAGGAAUUGAAAAGAUUAGAAGAUCUGUCAAGUGCUAUAGUGCAAGAUUUCUCAAUUAUGAGGAAGAGAGAAGAAGAAAUGAGAGAUACAAAUGAGUCUACAAACAGUCGAGUCCUAUACUUCUCAGUUUUCUCAAUGUGCUGUUUACUUGGAUUGGCGACGUGGCAAGUACUUUACCUUCGGCAGUAUUUCAAGGCUAAAAAGUUAAUCGAGUAAAAUUUAGAUUUUGUGAAACUGUUUUUCUAUUUUGUAUAAAAUUGUCUUAUUUUUGUUUUAUUUAUUAAUAAAAUAUAUGAAAC